GGCUGGAGGAAAGGAAGGAGGGGGGGUUGAUGAAAGGUGCGGACGUCGCAGGCUCUCGAGUGAGUGAUGUGCUGCCGGCUCCCCGGGAAUAUCUGAAGCAGAAAUGGGGCAAAGCAGGAAGUGAUGCGGCAGUCAUGGUUAGAGCGCUCCUCUGGAUGGUAUGCUGACGCGUAUGGAACAUCGGUUUAUAGGGUGUCGGGUACAGCAGGGACUGCUCUAGCACUGGCCAUACUCAUCAUGGGCCAGUGUGUGACUAAGUGCAAGAAUCCUUCAUCCACGUUAGGCAGUAAAAAUGGUGAGCGGGAAUCGAGUAAGCCCCACAAGCGCAGUUCUAGCCACAAGGAAGAGCACAUGUCCAUCUGCGGGAAGGCCUCCGGAGAAAUUCUAGUCAACGGAACCAAGAAAGGAGACGCGUCUUUAGAAGCCAGUCAGCCUCUGGCAGUUGGAGUUGACACUAAGAAAAAGGAGCAGGGUGUGGGUGCUGAGCUGUCCUCUUUGCAGAGAAUUGAGGAAUUGUUUCGGCGCUAUAAGGACGAGCGAGAAGAUGCCAUUUUAGAAGAAGGCAUGGAGCGGUUUUGCGACGACCUGUGUGUGGAUCCAACGGAAUUUAGAGUACUGGUUCUAGCAUGGAAGUUUCAGGCGGCUACCAUGUGCAAGUUUACCCGGAGGGAGUUUUUCGAGGGCUGCAAAUCAAUAAACGCAGACGGAAUAGAAAGUAUUUGCUCCCAGUUCCCCGGCCUGCUAAACGAAGCCAAACAAGAGGAUAAGUUUAAGGAUCUUUAUCGCUUCACCUUUCAGUUUGGCCUGGACUCUGAAGAAGGGCAACGGUCUCUGCACCGGGAAAUAGCCAUCGCCCUGUGGAAGUUAGUGUUCACCCAAAACAAACCCCUUAUUUUGGACCAAUGGUUAGAAUUCCUAACGGAGAACCCCUCAGGGAUCAAGGGAAUCUCCCGGGACACGUGGAACAUGUUCCUAAACUUUACUCAGGUGAUCGGACCAGACCUCAGCAAUUACAGCGAGGACGAGGCCUGGCCGAGUCUCUUCGAUACGUUUGUGGAAUGGGAAAUGGAGCGAAGGAAAAGCGAAGAGAAAACCGACUGUAUUCCAUGUUUGGGCACAGACCAUCAGAGUCGAGAUGAGCAGACUUAGAAAGCCGAGCCCUGUUCUUACUUUGGAAACUCUGGACCUUUCCUGGAAAUUUAACACAGAAUCUAGUUUUUUUUUUUAACAACUUUACACCUUUUUCUGCCUUGAAUUUGAAAGGGCUCUAAACGCUGGUAAAUUGUUCUGGCACUUUGUUACCAUGGCUUAGAAAGGUGCCAGAAAGUGUUUUUAUCUUUAUAUUCCCACGUGUGCCCGGCACUAUAAAGCAUUAGCAGGGCAUUGGAAUGGGGCGGGCUGGGAUGCCCGAGGGGGAGGGGUCAUUUAUUUAAUUUGCAAUGCAUUGUGGGACGGCUGGAACCGAGUACAUACACAAUUCACUCGGGUCACGUCCUUUUUCAUUGGUUAAACCCCCAUCCGUGCCAAAGGGGUGGGUAACACAUUCGAUGCACCCCCAGUUGAUCCCGUGUGAGUGACGGCAGUUCAGUACUGUGUGUAGUGGUGUUUACAUUGUUGGAUUUUAAAGAGUUGUAACCGUUUCAGUGGGGUCGGGGUGGGAACUGCUUUUUCCCGGAUGAUAUCAGAGCAUUAAAUGUAUGUGCAUUCAUUCAACUUCAAAUGCUAUAUGACAGAGCCAGACACUUUUUUUUUUUUUUUUUUUUUUUUUUUUUUUGUUAAUGGAUUCUAUUUCAUGAUACUGCCAUUUGUGGAUUUGUAAAGGACAGCGACUUGUGCAUUUUAAUUUAUUUAAAGGAAAAAAGAAUAUACCCUAUUUAUUGGCAAGGUUGAUGAGCUGCUGGUUUUUCCCUUAAACAGAAUGGAAAGCAUUGGGGCUUAGUUGAUUGAGCAUCGGCCGUCCCUUCCACGUGAGUUCAGUGGCAGAGUAAGAGGUAACCUUUAGUGAUCCCGCUGCUCCUUUCCCCCGUUGCCCACGUUAUGCAGCAGCCAUCUUUGAUCAAGCGUUUUGCACACCCGCCAACUGAGUUUACAAGGUGAGCGCAAGAGCUGUACCUGAGCAAAAACAUCCAUUUUGGAAUGGACUGUAAAUCUGAACUUUUUACAUUUUAUUUGUGGAUACAUGGAAACUUUGCUUGAAGCAAUAAAUUAUUCAAACAAUCGUA